AGUAGCAGGUAAGUGAACACCGCACCGCACCGCAUUGUUUGCAGUCCAAUGCAACGACCAGAUGAGGAAGAAACGCUGUCACCGCUUCGUAAAAACCAGUUUUUUAUUGAUUUCCUUUGUUUUUUAUGUACCGUUUCUGAGAAUUGGAGCUGAAAGUUUUCACCAUGAAUGAAAUGCAACAACAGCAAGAGAAAAAGAUUGAUGGAAAGGCAGAGGAUUCAAGAAAUGAGAACCGACCUCCAUUGAUGGCUCUGAACCACGUUUCAAGGCUGUGUAGAAAUGUGAAGGAAUCCAUAGAUUUCUACACAAAGGUGCUGGGAUUUGUUCAGACCGAGAGACCCCAAGCUUUGGACUUCGAGGGUGCAUGGUUGUUCAACUAUGGAGUCGGUAUCCACUUGGUGCAGUCGAAAGAAGAAGAUCAGAGAUUGCCUUCCGAUGCUCAGCACUUAGAUCCCCAGGACAACCAUAUAUCUUUUCAGUGUGAAGAUCUGGAAGCAAUGGAGAAGAAGUUGAAGGAGAUGAAUGUGAAGUUCAUGAAAAGGAGUCUGGAGGCAGAAGAUGGAACGAAAAUGGACCAAAUAUUCUUCAACGACCCAGAUGGAUUCAUGGUAGAGAUAUGCAACUGCGAGAAUCUGAAACUCGUACCUGUUGAGUCACUCAGCAAGAUCAAGAUCCCGAUGGAUCGCCACACGCCACCCAUGGAGACAAAUCAGCCAUAGUCAAACUUUGCUUUUUCAAAUGCUUCUUCACCUUGCUUCGUUAGCUUUUAUGCUGAGUUUAUCAGUCUCGUACACAACUAUUCUUAAGUUUUAACUUCUGCUAUAUAUCUUCAACUUCUGCUAUAUAACUCUAUUCUU